AUGCUUUUCCCAUCAGCUUUUAUCGUGACUGGGCGCGUUAGUAGCGUCGGCGGUGCAACAUUUGCGCGCAGAGACAGAGAGAGAGAAAGAGAGUUGGUUGGAGCCCGGCCUCGUGGAAAGCGCGACCUUGCCGCAGAUGGCCCGGCGCCGGCGCCCUCAUCUUCUCCGAUUUCAUCCACUCCUCCAUCGGAUUUGCAUCACUUCCCGGAGCUACGACUGGUGCUACUGCCACCACGCGCCCAAGUUCCCGAGUUUAUCCUUCAGCUCUGCCUCUGCCUGCACCCUGCCGCUUAUCCAGGCACAGGCUCCUUCAAGCCACUGUUGCCUGACCCUGCUCACUUCAAGGUUGGUGACGAAGCUUGUCCUUCGUCCGUGAGCUUGAAUCCCGGUGCUCAAGCAGCCACUCCGUUUCGGAGUCAUGCCGAUCUGAUCGAUCGGUCCCUGGCUCAAUCCUCAGUCCGUCCAUUCAAGUGUACUUCGAAUGAGUGA